AUGGAAAGAUGCGCGUGCGUACAACGUCGAGUGUCAGUCAGUCAGCCCUACCAAUUCGUCAACGCUUUUGGUGCACAGAGAAUGCGGUGCCGCGAAUACUUGCGGUUGAAAGUAGGUAGUCGAGUGAGAACCCAGGUGAGUCAGAAUGCUAAUGUCGUCGUCGGCCAUCGUCACCCUCUUUGCUGCCUCCCUAGAUGGGCGACUCGGAUACAACCUCGCAGCCGAGUCGACCGAACCUGUGCGUGCGCGUACCAUCACACACUCUCUGUCUCACUCCCGCGCGGCAUUCGGCCACGGACAGAUCUCCGAGCAGCCGACCCCGACCGUUGCCCAUUGUCCGUCAAACCCCCAGAGCACUCAUCAAUCAAUCGGUCCAAGGUUGCAGGGCAGGCGAGCUGGGCGGGGAAUUGGGGGGAGGAAGGGGGCGAAUUGUCGCCCGAGGGCCGCGUGGCGAGCGAGCUUGCCUGGCCUGGCGCCGGCGCCGUCGAACGCCGCGUCGCCGUACCCGCUGUCCCCCGGAGUCAUACCAUUCCUAGGUGUGUAUACUUUUCGCCGUAG